GGAAUUGACGCGAUGCUGUCAGGCCUGAUCAACGAAGCCAUCGUCAAGAGCCAUCAUGGAUAUAUCGGAUUUUGAAGAUCUAGGAAUAAUUUCAGCUUCUGAAGAGGAUGAUGAAAUAAGCGAAGCAUCAAAAGGCGCCCUCAUGACGCCCGCAAUACCUGCAAUCCCUCUUGGAGAAGGAGAUAGGCCUCAUCCGCCAUGGGAGGGACACAGAGACAAGCUUGUUGGGAUUGUGGACAUGGGAAGCAAUGGCAUUCGUUUCUCAAUUACGGAUUUAUCGGCUCCCCUCGCGCGUAUCCUACCGACAGUAUUGACCUACCGAUCUGGCAUAUCGCUUUAUGAUUCGCAGUUUGAUCCUGAGACAGGAGAGCAGGUUCCAAUCCCAGAAGACGUAAUCAACGAUAUAGUUACGGUCUUCAAUCGUUUUCUGAUCGUCUGUAACGACAUGGGAGUCCAACGAAAGAACAUCCAUGUUGUUGCAACGGAGGCCACACGCAAAGCUAUUAAUUCGGCCAAAUUUUUGGAAAUUGUCAAAGAAAAGACUGGCCUAUCCAUAGAAAUGCUACCGAAGGAGGUGGAAGGCCAGAUUGGGGCGCUGGGCAUUGCGAGCGGGUUCAGAAAUUUAGCCGGCCUUGUAAUGGACCUGGGAGGAGGCAGCACGCAAAUCACCUGGAUGGUGAGCCAAGGGGGCCAUAUCAGGAUCAGCCCUAUGGGCAGCUUUAGCUUUCCGUAUGGCGCGGCAGCUCUUAGCAGACAGUUGAGUGAUUUGAAGAAGGGCAAGAAAAAACAAGAUGGAGAGGCAGCCGUUGCUCGAUUUCGCCAGGAAAUGGUGGAAAAUUUUCGAGAUGCCUAUAACCAUCUACAAAUCCCCGACAGUUUGGUAGAUAAAGCUAAACGGGAGGGAGGAUUUCGUAUCUACUUGUCGGGCGGUGGAUUCCGAGGCUGGGGUUAUCUUCUGCUAUACCUCAACCAGUCUCGCGGCAAACACUAUCCAAUCUCCAUCAUCAAUGGGUAUACAGUUGGCCGAGAGCAAUUCGAAGAUACCGACACGGUGAAAGCAAUAGCCAAAGCGGCAAAAGAUGUCUUUCGAGUUUCGGAUCGUCGGCGAUCUCAGGUUCCUGCAGUGGCAUUCCUAGUCAAUGUCUUGGCUGAGGCUAUCCCCCAUGGAAUCCGGGAAGCUCACUUCUGCCAGGGUGGUGUACGAGAAGGGUAUCUAUUCAGGACUCUUCCUCCCGACAUCAGAGAACAAUCUCCGUUGCAAGUGGCGACUAUGAACUUUGCGCCACCUUCUUUCCUCAGCAUCCAGGAGUUGAUUAAACGUGCCAUCCCAAAGCCUUCCAAGAAUCUGACGAGACGGUUUCCUGAAGAAUUCGGCGAGCACGUCAUUGAUUCUUUUGCCAACGUUAUAUAUGUGCACAUGUUCAUGUCCAAAGAAACGGCAUCGACGACUGCACUGUACUCGACCAGUGUCGGAAUUAUGUCAUCGACGCACGGGGUGUCGCAUCAAGACCGUGCUCGACUCGCCUUGAUGCUAGAAUCUCGGUACCGAGGAGAAUUACCACCAAGAGAGAUGGAAUUCCGCGAAGCAUUGCGAUCACUAAUUACUCCAGAGGAAGUGUGGUGGACUACUUACCUAGGCAGGGUUGGGUACAUGAUCACCCGCCUAUACCCAUCUGGAGAAAUUGACCCAGUGAAGCCCAGGGUCGUGUUCUCUUCCGAGUGGGCAUGGAAUUUGGGUAAGAAGAAAAAGAAGGAAGGUUUAGUGUUAACAAUAUCGAUACAGAAGAAGAAGGACGAUCCUGCAGAACUGAAACAUGCAUUGGAGGAAAAUGUUAACGUCAUCCAAAGAGUUGGUAAGAAAAAACACUGGAUAGGAAAAGAUGACCCUUGGGGCAUGAAAGUCAAAGUUGAGGUGGUUGAAGAAGGGAUUUUGGAAGCUACAGAAUGAUAAUAGUUACGUUGGGAAGAGUUUCUGUCACGUAGUUUCGUAGUAAUAAUGGAUACGGAAACAUGAUUCAUGAGGUG